AUGUUUCGAAAUUGCUCUCUUUUGGUACUGUUCGCUGCCAUAAUAAAGGCAGUCAAUGCCGUGACGUUCAUCGUCCCAAAUGCAGCUGGUGCGGGAGGUUACAAAUAUGCGCCUCUAGACCCAGCACCAGUGGGAAUAUCAUUCGAGUUUUUCGCCUUUCCGUCAUAUUUCACCAAUGUCUCAUCCACGAACCAAUGCCUCGCUAACUGGAAAGACCUCACCGGGGUGUGGCCGCCCAUCCGAAUCGGUGGCACUACCCAAGACCGAGCACAAUAUGACCCAAGCACCUCUGCCUUUGUCGUGUACACCGUCGCCAAUGCUGCCGACGCACCCUCGACGUUGACUUUCGGGCCAAGCUUCAUGACACUGGCUGCCAACUACCAGGGCAGCGUUGUCGUCGGCCUCAAUAGGGGAAAGAACAACAUCGCCAACACCAUUUCAGCAGCCAAGGUAGCGGUGUCGCAGAUGAGCAAUCUGCUGGCAAUCGAGUUGGGAAACGAGCCCGAGUACUACGCCAGCGCUGGACAUCCCAUCACCUCUGGCGGGUGGUCCCCCACUACCGAUGCUGCGUCGCAAAACAACUGGGCCGUAUCAAUCGGCUCAGCAGUGGACAGGAUGCCUAUCAUUCAAGCGGGAAACUCGAAUGAUGCCAGCGGAAGUCCACUGACGUGGGGCGCUGCAGAGCUGAUCGCAACGCAGAAUACAACCGUCAAACAAUACGUCAAAACUUAUGCGCACCACAACUAUCCAGGCGGCACGGUUACUUCAUUGAUGAGCCAUUCCGGCAUUUCGACGAAUCUGCACAAGUUUGACGGGGAUAUCGCCGCUGCUUUGAGGCAGGGCAAGCCGUACGUGUUUGGAGAGACGAACUCUGUCUCUGGAGGUGGUGCCGCCAGUGUAUCGCCAACUUUUGGCGCAGCCCUUUGGACGAUGGACUAUGUACUCCGCACAACAUAUAGCAAUAUAUCGCGAACAUACUUCCACCACGGAACAGUUGGGAACUGCCAGUACUGCUUCUGGGGUCGUUACAGCAUGGGCGCACCAUACUAUGGAGGCUACGCAGCAACAGCCUUUCUCGCCAAAGGCUCGUACCUUACGGCGCUUGAUGAUGGAAAGACAAACUAUGCCGCAUAUGUAUCAUUCGAUGCCAGUCGUGCUCCCUUGAGAGCCUUGCUGUAUAACUCGGAUUACUUCAGCGGGAGUGGUACUCGUUCGAGCCAGGCUUUCGUCCUGGAAGGAAUAACCGGCAACUCAGUCCGCGCAAAGAGAUUGACUGCCGCCAGUGCAAUGUCGAGACAGGAUCAAGGCCAGUUGCCUACAUUCGGGGGGCAAGCUUUCGUGGAUGGUGAUUGCACCAUCACCGGUACCGAAAUGUAUGAAACGGCGACGGUGGCAGGUGGGCAGGCCACGUUCACUCUGAAGGCUAGCGAAGCUUUGGUCGUGUAUUUGCAAUGA